AUGUUGGGCAUCGUGGGCGAUGGAAAGCCCCUUAGCGACGCCGGGUCUCGUGAUCCACGCGCAAACGACGACGAUGAUGACGAUGAGGACGAGCUGGAUGACCGCGGGCAGGACUCACCCGCCCUUUCGGCCUCACCUCCACCAGCUCCACCCCCAUUACCCCCACCGGUGCGCAAUGGUUGUCAGCGUUGCCGUUUCUCGCUAGCAUCGGCCAACUCCACAUUGAACCGAUCCCAUCCCCACCUGGCCAGUGGCAUCGGGACGCUUGGGUCAGGUUCGAUCGGUAGUGGAACCUUGCCCCGAUCGAACCGAGGUAUCCUGAAUGGUGGGACGCUUGAACGGAACCACAUGACGGCGAGUUCCGGACAUUUACACACGGCGGGUGGUGUUUCGGCGACGGCGACUUCCGCUGGUGGCGGUGGAAAUGGAACCUAUCCUGGGUACGACCGGAAUCGGUUGCUGGAGGAGGAGGACUCAGCGUACCCGGCCCUGCUAGAGCGCGAGCUACACUCGCUACACCGAAAUGUUCCCGCGUUACGGCGCGCCGGCGUCGAUACGACAGCAAUCCGGCAGCAUUUUUACCCGGACGGUGGCUGGGGCUGGAUCGUGUGUGGUGUCGCGUUUCUGGCCCACGUCCUGACCACCGGCUUCCAGCUGUCGUACGGGCUGCUGCUUCUGUACGCGAUACGCCAUCUGGGUCACGAGGUGAAUACCGAAGCAGGUUGGCUCGGGCCGGCCAGCUGGGCCAUGUCCCUGUUUUCCGCAACGAUAGUCGUGGCGCUUUGCCGCCGAAAAUCCACCCGCCUAACGGCCGUUCUUGGUGGACUGGUACUCGCGCUGGGCAUCCUGUUCACGUCCUUCGCCACCCAGCUGCACCAGGUAGCGUUCAGCUAUGGCGUCAUCGUAGGCAUCGGAUCGGCCAUGGUACGGGAGUCGGCCGGCGUUAUGCUGGGACAUUAUUUCAAACGGCGGAGACAAUUUGUCGAAAUGAUCACCAUGUCCGGUGAGGGUGUUGGCGUGGCGUUGUUCUCCGUCAUCCUCAAGGAAGGCGUCGGGAAAAUGGGAUGGCGCCUCGGCCUCCAAGCGGUCACGGGCCUGGUGUCGUUCAGCUUCUUCAUGGGAUUGCUCUAUCGCCCAGCAUCGCUCUAUCAUCCCCAGCGGCGUGCGAUACUACACUUGAAAAACCAAAGGAAAAAGGUGAAGGAAAAGAAAACACACGUCCGCACGCCAAAGCCACCGUUUCUCGAUUUUACGCCGCUGAAAUCAUCCUCGGUGCGGAUGCUGUCGAUAUCGGCUUCGGUUGCCGCACUCGGCAUCUACUCGCCGAUAUUUUUUCUGUCUCUGCACGGGUUCAGCGAAGGGUACGACAUGCAGGAUCUGGUGCUGCUGCAAACCUUCCUCGGGCUGUCGAUAGCGUUAGGUAUAGUGUUUAGCGGAUCGUCGAUCAACAAGACGCUCGAGAUUUCCUUCCGGAAGGUGCAGAUAUCGCGUCAAUAUGUUUGUCAGGGCUGUGUUACGUUAGUGUCAGUAUCGUUGUUAGUAUUAUCGGCCGUGGCCGAUUACCGUGGCCUAUGCUUCUCGGCAUGGGCGUACGGGCUCGGUCUCGGCGGCUACCGUUACACCUUGAAGAUGCUUGCGAUCGAGCGCAUUCGCGGCAAGUACUUCUCCAAGGCGUGGGGUUUCAUCAAGGGAGCCGAGUCGCUACCGGUGCUGUUCGGGGUGCCUUUGUGCGCCUUCCUGAACGAUUCCUCGCAUCGGUACGGCCGUGCCGGUUACUACAUUUGCGCUGCCAGCGCUGCCAUCUCGGCCAUUAUCCUGUUUUUCGUCGGUUAUCCGGACGGGCGCAACAUGAAAUACUCCACCAAUGGCUCCAUUACGUCCCGCUGUACGGCACCAACGUCCUCGAGCGACUGCCAGCACAUCCUGGAUCGAAGUUUCUCAUCGCAACGUUACAACAACCCCCAGUGGUACGGUGGGAACACGCACGCGACCAAUCUCUCGAACGGGUGUCACGGUUCAGGCAGCUUCGCAGGUGGACCUUCAGGCGGUCUACAACGGUGUCUUUCCACAAGCCAAUUCAUGAACGGAGGGCUCAACCUGUCGUCGGGUGCGAUCGCCACAGGCACGUCAGCUCCAGCGGGCCCUUCAGGUACAUCGGCGGGCGUGACUGGUUCCGGUCCCGUGGGCUCUGGAGGCCGCCUGCUUGGCAACAGCCAAUCGCUCGAUAAUCCAACCGGUGGCGCCAGUUUCAGCUACCACAGUCCGUUCUGUGGUCAGGGAGCCGGUCAACCGCAUGGCCGCCUGCACAAGAGCCUAUCGUUCGCGUUCCAAUCGCCAAUGUUCAACGACGAUCCGAUGCAUCACACCUGCCAGCUGGGAUCCGGCUAUGCGGCUGACUAUCCACCGCCAAGCCGGUGCUACUCGAGGUGUGAACUGCACAAUCCAUCGCUCGCGACACCGGUCACGGUUCAUCGGGACACGCUUGGGCGUCAGCAUAGCUUCCGGGCCUCGAGUCGAGGUCAAACGCCACGCCACUCGAGCACUCGCGGAGGACAACAGCCCGCAACACCACAUCACCACCAUCACCAUCAGUAUCAUCAUUCUGCGCAACAGCAGCAACAUCAGGCGCACCAUCAGCAACAACUGCCACCGUACCCGGUGAAUGGGUUGCAGUAUCAUCCAUCGCGUAGUCGCAGCGUCCCUGAGGGGCUUGGUGGAGCAGGUCGAGUGGGUGGUGGACAAGCGGGAGCGACCGGUGGGACGUACGGAGACUGUCACUGGAAUCACUGCCACUGGACCACCGCGAACGGGGUCAACUUCUGCCGUCCGAACCGGCCGAUUCAGGUGGUCGAGCAGAUAACGACAUCCGUUUGACUAAAGUUUAAAAUUCUCAAGUUCUUCCUGUGCAUCUCGCUGCACUUGUUGGAGGGACUUUUUUCGUAGGUUCACGCGAGUAGUGUUUAGUUGCUAGGAGACAGCUGUAUCAACACCUUUGCGUCAUCCAUCAUCGAGAAGGUGAAUCGAAGUAGGCUUAGUAGGCCUGUCGGUGUCAGAAAAGCCACCAUCCGUACACGAAUGCUGCGUGCGAGGGAAAUCGGUUGGAAAAAAUGCUACUAAAAACUCGCCAAGUCACAACCCACUCACUCGCCGGUACGCAUCUGAAUCGGAUGCAAAUCAGGAUGGGAAGUUUCCGGUGGGUAGAUUCCACCAAAAUGCGGGAACGUUUUUUCGCGCGGUGAGUUUUCUCGGCACCAUUGCUGCAUAUUUAAUGUGUUCGAUAUACACCAAACAAUCAAUUAAACUCCAAAGCCACGAACGAACGAAGGGCCCGUGGGGGCGUGCGAGUAAACAUCCGACCAACGCACGUGGGCUCGUGGAGCAACCCGACCGGAAACACGUGCCCAAAACGGGUGUGCUUCGAAAGCGGCCUGCUUGCGUAGUUUGCGAUUUGAGUGAGCGCUCUAAUUAAAUUGCAAAUUUCUUCCCACGA